CCCACCCGAGCAGGUGGGAGAGAGCCGUACCCAGGCUCAGCAGAAGUGAUUCGGGAGUCCAGCAGCACCACGGGCAUGGUUGUUGGGAUAGUAGCUGCUGCAGCCCUAUGCAUCCUCAUACUCCUCUAUGCCAUGUACAAGUACAGAAACCGGGAUGAAGGUUCAUACCACGUGGAUGAGAGUCGAAAUUACAUCAGUAACUCAGCACAGUCUAAUGGGGCUGUUGUAAAGGAGAAACAACCCAGUGCGAAAAGCGCCAACAAAAACAAGAAAAACAAGGAUAAAGAGUAUUACGUCUGAUCCCGAGA